AUAUUACAGAUGCAAAUUCCAACAUUGUCUUGCAAGGAAGUACGUUCACAGGUGUACCGAGGACCCAUCUUUCUUUGAAGUCACUAACCUGGGAAAACACACUUGCCCCAGAAUAUUAAGCACCAAUUGUUCCUCCACUGCAACAGAAUUAGCUGCUAGAACUGUAAGAACCAGAGAUUCAUCACCUGCAACUGAAUCAGCUUCUACAAUCAAUGAUCGUAGUUUCCAAAAUCCAACAAGCCUUCAGUCAUUGGAGAAGUACGAGCUUGUAAAGGAUUUAGGAUCUGGGAAUUUUGGAGUUGCGAGGCUGAUGAGGAACAAGGUUACCAAAGAGCUUGUUGCUAUGAAAUGUAUAGAAAGAGGGCACAAGAUUGAUGAGAAUGUUGCUAGAGAAAUCAUAAAUCACAGAUCACUUCGACAUCCAAACAUAAUCCGAUUCAGAGAGGUGGUUCUCACCCCCACCCACCUUGCUAUUGUCAUGGAGUAUGCGGCCGGAGGGGAGCUUUUCGAGAGGAUUUGCAAUGCUGGAAGAUUCAGCGAAGAUGAGGCUAGAUACUUCUUCCAACAGCUUAUAUCAGGAGUUCACUACUGCCAUUUCAUGCAAAUAUGCCAUAGAGAUUUGAAGCUCGAGAACACAUUUUUGGAUGGGAGCCCUGCACCACGGCUGAAAAUUUGUGAUUUUGGCUACUCAAAGUCAUCUCUGCUACACUCGAGACCAAAAUCCACAGUUGGCACUCCUGCAUACAUUGCUCCUGAGGUUCUUUCUCGUAGAGAAUAUGAUGGCAAGACGGGGGAUGUUUGGUCUUGUGGAGUGACACUUUAUGUGAUGCUGGUUGGAGCAUGCCCUUUCGAAGACCAAGAAGAUCGAAAAUUUUUUAGGAAGACGAUUCAACGAAUAAUGGGUGUUCAAUACAAGAUCCCAGACUAUGUUCACAUAUCUCAAGAUUGUAGACAUCUUCUUUCUCGGAUAUUUGUAGCCAAUGCUUCCAAGAGAAUCACCCUAAAAGAAAUUAAGAGCCAUCCAUGGUUCCUGAAGAAUUUGCCAAGGGAACUAACAGAAGCAGCACAAGCGGAGUAUUACAGGAAGGAAAACCCGACGUUUUCCCCACAAAGCGUGGAGGAUAUCAUGAAGAUCGUGGAGGAAGCAAGGUCACCUCCGCCAGUUCUGCAAUCCCAUGGAGGGUAUAGAUGGGGAGAUGAGGAUGAUGAUAAAGAAGAGGAGGGAGAAGCAGGAGAGGAAGAAGAUGGAGAAGAAGAUGAGUAUGAUAAGAGAGUGAAAGAAGCUCAUGAAAGUGGAGAAAUUGGGCCUAUAUAAAAUGAUGGGUUGCAUGAGUUGGAGGGUUUGUGUUAAAAGAUGGAGGUUAAUAAGUCUGUGUAAAUGUGUGGUAUUUAUGUCAAAUAGGUGUGCUGGUGUGUGAGAACAUUAGGGUUGUGAUGAUGGUUCCAUUUCAAUUGCAGGAAUUGGCUUCUUUUUGGUAAA